GUCGGUGUAGUUGCCGCUGGAAAUUCCAAUAGAGACGCAUGCGAUGCAUCACCGGCACGUCUUCCUGCGGCUAUAACCGUCGCCUCCUCUACCAAUUCUGACAGCAGAUCCUCUUUCUCAAACUACGGAUCAUGUGUAGACAUCUACGCACCAGGUUCAAGUAUCUUCAGUGCAUGGGCAUUCGACGUGAACGCCUACAGAACCAUCAGUGGUACUUCAAUGGCCUCCCCACACGUUGCCGGGGUUGCAGCUGCUUACCUUAGCACUAUCAGUGGAAACCCAAGCCCUGCUACCGUGAUGACCUGGCUUACAAACAACUCCCUACAGAAUAAGGUGACGAACAAUCCGAGUGGGAAUAACGACCUCCUCCAAGGAGUCAGAUGUUAAAACGGUUACGGACACGAAGGAUGCGCGAUCUACACGGAAAUGGAAAUACAAGCAUGUUCAAGACAUACAAGAUAUUUUAAAUAAUAUAUGAUAAUAUAUAACUAUCUAUGUAUAAGUUAUAUCAUGAUAAAUUCAAUAGGAAUAUAUGCCCAUGGGCGUUUAGGGGCAUAAUUUUAUAGUGUAUGUAAGAAAUUAUGAAAUAAAUUGAAUUGAAUUGAAAAA